UUAAUACCACACACUCUUCAUUUUUAGACCAUGAAUUAUAUUAAAGUUUACAGAUCAAGUUACUUAAUGUAGACUUUAGGUGUGGCAGACUGGGCAAUAUCUUGAAAUAAACACUUUCGGUGCUUUGCCAAAACAUAGCCCAGAAUGUGUUGAAAUUCUACACUACUGCAUGUGUUCACAGAGGUUCUACUGAUGCCGACUCUGACCGUGGAGCCUUCAGGACGACAGGUGUACACUGAGGACACAGUCACCUUGGCAUGUCAGUUACCUGGCCACUCUGGGCUGGGCUGGCAGUUCUACUGGCACAAAGACAGGCAGGACACUGGCCCUGUGGAGCAGAUGUGGGGCAGUGGUGGAGGUGGGGCGGUCUACCAAAUGUGGCGUGCCUCUGUCACACACACAGGCCAGUACUGGUGCAGAGCAGGGAGAGGACAGCCAGUCUUCUACACCCAAUACAGCCAGGCAGUCUCUGUUAAUGUCAUUGAGCUCUUCACAUCAGUGACUUUGUCAGCAUUUCCUUCGACCGUGGUCAAAGAGGGCGGGGCUUUCAACCUCACCUGUGAGGCCCAGUUUAGCAACUGCAAGCUGAGCCAACAUCAUGGUAACCACAGUCUACAUAGUCACCCUGAUCCUAACUGGACCACAGUGGUUGUAACAUUCUCCUUCCUGAGGGACGGCUGGCCAGUUGCCAGGGACUCUGUCAGUGGGAUGUACAGCGUAGCGAGGGCUUCUAGCUGUCACAUGGGGACCUACAGCUGUGUGGCCAGAGCAGGCAGGGCCAGGAGGAGCAGUCAGGAGAUCAGCAUCACACUAGACAGUGAGUUCAUACUACAUCACCUGAACGUUUAGUUUGCCAAUUGCUAUAGGCUUUCAUUCCUGGUCUGAAAUCAUCUAUUAUUAUUUUUUUACCUUUAUUUAACUAGGCAAGUCAGUUAAGAACAAAUUCUUAUUUUCAAUGACGGCCUAGGAACAGGUUAACUGCCUGUUCAGGGGCAGAACGACAGACUUGUACCUUGUCAGCUCGGGGAUUUGAACUUGCAACCUUUCGGUUACUAGUCCAACACUCUAACCACUAGGCCACCCUUAUUGUGGUGCCAAAACUGGCACUCUUUACCGUUCACUUUGUAUCCUGAUCUCUCUCAUGCUGCCUUCAUCCAGACCUGUCUCUGAUACUGGUCACCUGCUUUGGCACCUUCCUGAUCCUCUCCGUGGCUCCAUUGGCAUUUUUUGUGAGACUAUACGCGAUGAGAUGUAAGUGGCAGCAUAGUGGAUCUUAGUCUGACUCUUGAGUCUCUGGGACUGAGUCAGUUCAACACCUAUCUCUUCUCUUUGUGUGACCAUGCAGUAUGGCAGCUCAGAGGCAGAGGACAAGGAGAAUUGCAGUGCAAUUCACAUGCUGUGAGAACUCAUGUAGUUCACAUGGCUGUAUUAGUGCACAGGUGUAGGAUCUUAAUUUCAUCACCCUGUUGCAUGUUUUUUACUCAAAAGAUUAAAACAGAUGUUUUAUUGUAAUCUUGCAGAUGUAUCUGGACCCAGCUGACUUGAGAAACUUUCUAUCAUUUAUUACAAAAUUGGAGUAUAGAAUAAUAAACAUAUAAUUAUUUGAAGAAUUUUGACCAAAGAAUGUUUUUGUUUUAUUUUCACCACACCCAAAUAAUACAUUGAUUCAACACUGCCACAUGCCUGCAUUGUCAAAUAGAGCCAACUCUUUUCUCAUAACAGGUUCCAUAUUUUGUACAGAAAUAACUGCCCACCACCAGUUGAUUAAAAGUGAGUGUGAGUGAAUCUCAACAGUGUAAGGCAAACGAUAAUAUGUUUGCCCUUAUGUUCCAUUUAUUGGUGAAUUGUUAGAGCUAAAGGAUUGUAUGAUGAAUGAGCCAAGAUCUGAGAAUUGCAUUCUGUCUCCAUAUAAACUCACAAAAAGAGAAACGUCCCUUUUUCAGUACCCUGUCUUUCAAAGAUAA